CCUCUCAGAGCUCAGAGACGAAGGACCUUUAAACAGACUUACCAACACAGGACGGCAGCGGCGAACCUUCAGCCCAUACCUGAGCUAUUUUUGUCGUCAGUCUCCUUUACCGGAGACUCGAAAGAGCUGAAAUCCAAGAUGCCUCAAAAUGAUGAGCGACCUGUGUCUACAUCCAGUGGUGAAGACCAAGGCAGUGAUGUGGAAUCAUCAUCUGAGCGCUGUGAUAGCAUGACAUCAACCAGUGACCUGGACUGCACCCGUGAAAGUUUCACCAGUGACUGCUCCAGCAAACAUUGCACACCUUCCUCAAGCCCACCUAAAACCAUAACCCUGGAUGAAGUCAUGGAAUCUACCAGAGACCUAUUCAAUCUCAGCCUUGGGCACGAGAUUACUGUGAAUCCCAACCUCCGUUUUGAGCCACACAGCCCACCUCAGGGCAGUUUAUUUAAGGUAGUGAGAGAUACCCUUCACAAAGCCUACUGGGAUAUCCUGGAGUCUGAACUGAACGAUGACCCACCUGAAUAUGAACAUGCCAUCAAACUACUGGAGGAAAUCAAAGAGAUUUUGCUGUCAUUCCUCAACCCGGGUGCCAACCGGAUGCGGACUCAGAUCAUGGAGGUGCUGGACAUCGACCUAAUUCGUCAGCAGGCUGACAAUGAUGCUGUAGACAUACAAGGCCUUGCUUCAUACAUUAUCAAUACCAUGGGCAAAAUGUGUGCACCAGUAAGGGAUGAGGAAAUCAAGAAUCUCCGGGAAAGCACAGAUAACACGGUGACACUGUUCAGGGAGAUCUUCCGUGUGCUGGACUUGAUGAAGGCAGAUGUGGUAAACUUCAAAAUUGAUCAAAUGAGGACUGUAAUGCAGAAGGAGGGUGUUGAGUAUGAAAGGGCAACGUUCCAACGCAUCCUGGACAGUACACCAGAUGGUUUGAACAAGACCACCUCAUGGAUCAAAUCAACAAUAGAGGAGCUUCAGUCGGCUGCCAUCCUCACAGAGCCGACUGAAGGUCAGGGGAAAGGACAACCAGCUGUGCUCGGGCCCUUUCAGAUCCUAAAUACUGCCUUCCUUCGUAUCCUCACAUGGGACUACAAUAAAAACAUACUACCUGAGACCCUGGCGACAGAUGAGGCACGUUUUCAAGAGAUUCAGGUGCAGCUCCAGAAGUGUCAGGCAGUGAAUGAGGUGCUGCUCAUUGUCUACAACACCGUUGGAGGACCUAUCCAGGGUCUGGCUUCCCUGUCUGAUCGUCUUAAGAGGAUGACCACAGUGUUGCUGGAUGGGAUGCACAGACCGAACUUUAACCCACAAGAGGCACUAGAGGGCGUCAGUUCCCAGAUCUGCUGUGAGCUCAACAAGUCUCUGACAGAGAGGAGCUACCCUCCGCUGACCCCGGCACUGCAGGGCACCCUUAAAGGCCAGAUCACCAACAUCACACGGAAGGACAAUCCCAUCCGCAUUCUAGUUGAGGAUCGUGUGCAGCAGUACUUCAUGAUGCUCAUCAAUGAUCCCAAGCCCCAGACUAAACUUGAACAUGUACCUGCUGGUCUGGCGAUCAUCAAGCAUGAGCUUAUGUUAUUGGCUGAGAAGUUCCUGUCUCUGGUCAACUACAACAAGACUGUCUAUGGACCUUUUUAUGCCUCUAUCAUCAGGAAACUGAUUUUUAGCAACAGCCCACCAGCAAAAAACCCUUCUCAGGACACCCCUCGGGACACUGUUGCCUCCAAAUAAAUCAAAAUCCAACAAUUAUUAUGUCUAAGGAGUUUUUGGCCACUGGACAUUGGUGGACUUGAGGAACUAUGAAAAUAGCUUUGCAGUGCUACUGCUUUGCAUAGCCACUAUACUCUAGUAGUUGCAGUUGCAUUGAACACAUUACAAAUGUAGUUUUUAUGGCUACACUCAGCAGUAAAGUACAUGCUGUCACAAGGCCCUAUGCUCAGAACACGCAUAGCUUUGAACCAUCAAACCAGUGUUACAGUGAUCUAUUUCUUAACCUAAUGGUGAUCCUUACAUUUUUAAUGUUAAAACUAUCAAACUUUGUAAAAAGGGCAAAAGGACAGAACAUUGUGUCUUAUGUGUGUAUACAGAAAGCUUUUAUGACAAAGAGGAAGAUUACUCAACCCUAUAUAUUUAGAAUAGUGUUUCAGAGUCUUUGCAUAUUAUUUAUCUUCAUUGAAUGUGGAGUUUUAUUCAGUUAACAACACCAUUUAAUUAUUGUAAAACUGUACCAGUAGCAGUCAUUAUCUUUGAAACUAAUGCAAAAAAAAUGAGACAGUCCAUUUCCUGUGGCAUUUUAGUCUCUCCAUUCCCUUUAACUUUUUCAUCAGUAACGUUACAAAUUUUUUUAUUCUGACUGAUAUUGUUUAACAGAAAAAUGGAAGUAAAAAUAAAAGAUCUGUUGUAGAUUUUACUGGACUUGAAGACAUAAUGGUCAUCUGCAUGAGCAGUUUGUGGAGGUUUGUUGCUUUUAGUUUUUACUUGAGUAAGUUGUUGGAGUAUUUGCUCCCAUGUUGUAUGUUUUAUAAGUCUACUAUUUUCUGCCAGUGGAAUACUUGUUUAUUAAUUUAGUUUCUAUGUUUGCUACAUUGUGAGGUACUGUAAUCUUUACAGUUUGGCUGUAUGGGUUCAAUCCAUGAGAAAACAAAAGGUGCUCAACUGAAAAGAUUUUGCUUAUUUGUCCAAAAUUUCCAGUGGACCCAAAGAUGCACAAAAAGAAGCAGUUAUGUACUUUGUCAAAGGUUUACACAAAAUGUUGUAUGCUGUUAUACUAGUUUUAUGUACUACCAUUAAUAUAAUAAAAUUUG